CUUUUCACAAAGAACAAUUAAUAAAAAAAAGUCUCUCUCUCUUUUUUUUUUUUUUUAAUAAUGAGAGAGAGAGAGUGUAUGUGGAUUUUUUUUUGUUUGUCGAAAUCUGGGAAUCUUCUGAUACUGAUUGAUCGAAUGCUUCUUCUAUAGGGAGGGAGGAGGAAGACGAAAUCCAUCUCCGAGCUCGAAUGAAAAUCUCGCGAUUCCUGAUCUGAUUCUUUCUGUUUUUGAUUAUCGCCCCGCUUGAUUUCUUUAAUCUAUUAAAGAUUAUCCGAGGAAGAGAGUGUCUGAUAGGCGAGAGAGUGAGAGACAAGGAGAACAAAAAUGAACGGUGCUGAUGAGGUCGGAGCUUCUUCGGACUUACCUCCGCCUUUGGAUUGGAGAUUCUCUCAGGUCUUCGGUGAACGCAGCGCCGGUGAAGAAGUUCAAGAAGCUGGUGUUUCCUCUGCAGUUGAUAUAAUCUCAGCGAUUGAGUUUGAUAAAUCCGGCGACCAUCUUGCUACUGGGGACCGUGGGGGACGUGUUGUUCUUUUCGAGAGAACAGAUUCCAAAAAUACCAGUGGAGCAAGAAGAGAUCUCGAAGGCACAGACUAUCCACUGAGGCACCCGGAGUUUCGUUAUAAAACUGAAUUUCAAAGUCAUGAACCUGAGUUUGAUUACCUCAAGAGUUUGGAGAUUGAGGAGAAAAUCAACAAAAUAAGAUGGUCUCAAACAGCAAAUGGUGCUCUUUUUCUCCUCUCAACAAAUGAUAAAACCAUCAAGUUUUGGAAGUCUCUAGAACAGUCUGAUCAGAUGGAUAGAUAUGUUCAAGAGAAAAAGAUCAAGAAAAUUUGUGACAUAAAUACAGAUUCUUCGAGAUCUCUAGGAAACGGAAGUGGUGCAAGCUCAAGUAAUUCAAACUCAUGCCUCACUAAUGGAGGAUUCCCUGACAAAGUAAACAAUUAUCCAAGUAACGACUACUCAUUUCCGCCAGGAGGCAUCCCGUCGCUGCAAUUGCCUGCGGUAACUACUAGCCAUGAGACUAGCCCUGUGGCAAGAUGUCGAAGAGUGUACACUCAUGCUCAUGAUUAUCAUAUCAAUUCAAUCUCAAACAAUAGUGACGGAGAGACAUUUAUUUCUGCUGACGAUUUGCGAAUAAAUCUUUGGAACCUGGAGAUCAGCAAUCAAAGUUUUAACAUUGUUGAUGUCAAGCCUGCUAAUAUGGAAGAUCUAACUGAGGUUAUCACAUCAGCCGAAUUUCAUCCUACCCAUUGCAAUACCUUAGCGUAUAGCAGUUCGAAAGGCUCAAUUCGUCUGAUUGAUCUGCGACAAUCAGCUUUAUGUGACUCACAUUCCAAAUUGUUUGAGGACACAGAGACACCAACUUCUAGAUCAUUUUUCACGGAGAUAAUUGCUUCUAUUUCGGACAUCAAAUUUGCUAAAGAAGGAAGAUAUAUACUUAGCCGUGACUAUAUGACACUUAAGUUAUGGGACAUCAACAUGGACUCAGGUCCAGUAUCAACAUUCCAGGUUCACGAAUAUUUAAGACCAAAGCUCUGUGAUUUAUAUGAAAACGAUUCCAUCUUCGAUAAGUUCGAGUGUUGUCUAAGUGGGGAUGGUUUGCGAGUAGCCACAGGCUCUUACAGCAAUCUCUUCCGUGUGUUUGGCGUUUCCCCGGGAAGCACUGAAACUACAACCUUGGAAGCAAGCAAAAAUCCAAUGAGAAGACAAGUCACAACUCCGGCGAGGACAUCAAGACCAUCACUAAGCAGUAUAACACGCGCGGUUAGAAGAGGAGCGGAGAGUUCAGGAGUCGAUGGGAAUGGUAAUUCUUUUGACCAUACAACGAAACUGCUGCAUCUCGCAUGGCAUCCAACAGAGAACUCGAUAGCUUGCGCUGCUGCCAACAGUUUGUACAUGUACUAUGCUUAAAAGGAAGAAAAAACAACUCACAUACUCAAAAUGGAGAAGAAGCUUGGCUACUUUGUGAAACUGAAGGAUCAAGAGAUGCUUUUAUCAUACAACAUCAUCAGCAUCUUCAUAUCACAACUACAAAAAAAAAAAAAACUGGCUCCUUUCUAUGCUCUCUCUUUGUAUCAUCUUUUGACUAUUUUAGAAGGUUUUUUUUUUUUUUACUUGUGUUCUGUUCUUGGUUAAGUUAAAAAUGUUGGACAAGAAGCAGAAAAAGGGAAUCCGAUUAGAAGAAAAAUCGUGAUUGUAGUUUUUUUUUCUUUAAUCUCACAUGACUUGUUGUGGGAGUUGUUUAUUUUGAAAUUAUUCUUGGAACUAUUUUAAGAUUCAAUUUAGUUCUAUAUAUAUCUACAUGUUUUUAUUGAGUUUGUUUGUUAUUUUUGGUAAACUGUUUGUUAUUUUUAGUUUCUG